GGACGGGUAGCAUUUUUUGUCAUGGUUAAAAUUUAGGUACACGUUAAUAAAAUAAAAAAUUAGCGCUGAAUAAAUUGGCACUAGCAUUUACGCAGGGAGAAAAUUCAUUUAUUUUAUAAGACGAUUGACUGAGCAGCUGCAGGAAGACAUGAUAAUCAUAAUUGGAUCUGCUGCAGUGCUUGAAUUUUGAAUUGAAUUGAAGAGAGUCAUGGGAUGCACAUUUUCAGGUUUGAAUGCUCUCUACGACGUCGUCAAUGGCGGAGGCGAUGUCUGGAUUAACGAAAGGCGCUUCAAAAUUUUGAGGCAAAUUGGUGAAGGAGGGUUUGCUUUCGUUUAUUUGGUUAAAGAGCAGACAUCUCUAGCCCCUGCCAAGGAGCCCAAGGAUCACUCACACGUCUCAGAGGAUGGAAUGUAUGCACUGAAGAAGGUGUUGAUCCAAACUGAUGAGCAACUACAGUUGGUGAAACAAGAGAUACAAGUGUCAUCUCUUCUAAACCAUUCUAAUCUGCUUCCUCUUCUUGAUCACUCCAUCAUUGCAGUGAAGGGAACACAGGAAGGAUCUUGGAACCAAGAAGCAUAUUUAUUGUUUCCUGUGUUUUUGGAUGGGACCUUGCUGGACAACACCCAGAAAAUGAAGGCAAGGAGGGAAUACUUUCCCUCUGACACAGUUCUUCACAUAUUUAGACAGCUUUGUGCAGGAUUAAAGCAUAUGCAUAGCCUUAAUCCUCCAUAUGCGCACAAUGAUGUCAAGCCAGGGAAUGUGCUUAUAAAAUGGAGAAAGGGUCAACCACCACUUGCUAUUUUGAUGGACUUUGGCAGUGCUGCUCCUGCCAAAAGAGAAGUACGAUCUCGAUCUGAUGCACUGAAAGUACAGGAAUGGGCAGCUGAGCAUUGUUCAGCACCUUAUCGAGCUCCGGAAUUAUGGGACUGUCCAAGUUAUUCAGACAUAGAUGAGAGGACAGAUAUCUGGUCACUUGGAUGCACUCUCUAUGCAAUCAUGUAUGGUAUGUCACCAUUUGAACACUCUCUAGGGGAAGCUGGAGGAAGCCUACAAUUAGCAGUCAUGAGUGGUCAAAUAAAAUGGCCUUCUGGGCCUAGCCCUCCCUACCCAGAAUCGCUGCAUCAAUUUGUAACAUGGAUGCUUCAACCUCAAGCUGCCAUCCGCCCCUGUAUUGGUGAUAUUAUUAUUCAUGUAGACAAAUUGCUGGCCAAAUUUUCUUCUUGACCAGGUUUUAUUUGCCACAAGUUGCUUAGUUUAUGCCAUUCUUUGUUAGUUGAUUUGAUCAUUAUCGGUAGUUUGAGCAAAUUUGCUAAAUGUUAUUUUAGUUUGGAUGACAAGAUGUAGUGUAUUUAUUCAGAUUCAUCCAUCCUUCUAGCUGAAUCCUUAAUCUGUAAAGUUGGAAUAUGACACUGAAGUAUGAGACUGCUGUAUUUAGCAAGAUUAUCUUGUUUUAUUAGCAUGAGCUGGAUUAAGAAACUAAGAGUAUAUGAUAAGUAUGUAAAGUUUUGUCCAGAUUACCACCACGUUUAUUAUAACACAAGCUGAUUGUUUAUUCGUAA